GCUUGGUCAGUUCUCGAAAAUUUAAUUUGAGAAUAAGUUUAUAUUUUUUUGGAGAAAAGAAGGAAGAAAAACCGAUACUGAUCAAAACGCAGAGGCAUCCGGCUCGUACUAGGCCAGCCCUCACAAUGUCUGUCCCUGUACGCUACUCCUCUGCUGCCGCCGAAUACGCCGCCGAAGUUGAUUGUGAGUUGGAGAGCACUCUGCAACAGCAGCAGCAACAGCAAUACGAGUACGAGCAAUACCAGCACUACCAGUACCAACGGGAGCAGGAUAUCGCCUACUAUUGCCAGUUGCAGGCGGCGCGGCAGCAGGAGCAGUUGAUGCAGCAGAGGACAUCGAUGUCGUCGUCGGUUAUGCCAGGCCUCGCCUUGCCCCAGGACCACCAAGCCACCCUCUCGAACGGACCCUCCCACAUCAACAACAACGGACUCGCCAUGGACGCCCACAGCAUCAACGCCAUUCUGGUCGACGACGAGCAGCCCUCGACUUCGGCCCAGGCUGCCGCCGCUGCUGCUGCAUCCGCUGGAGGAUCUGCUGGACCGGGAUCAGGAUCGGGAGCGGCUCUGGGUGGGGGCAAGCUGGCCAACGGCAUUAACCGCAAUGCAGAGAUGCCAACUGAUUGGAUGAGGAUUGCGGACGAGGGCCGGUAUGGGACACCGGGUGCUGCUGGCUUGGAAUAUCAGAAGUACGAACAACAAGAGCAACUGGAGGCCGAGGCUGGUGCCGUCGGUGGAGCCGCCAGCAACAACAAUGGCGAGCCGUCUUCGUCCUCGAAGAAGCUGGAGGAUCAGCUGCACGCCCUCACCUCGGACGAGUUGUACGAGACCCUCAAGGAGUACGACGCCCUGCAGGACAAGUUCCACACGGUGCUGCUGCUGCCCAAGGAGUCGAGGCGCGAGGUGACUGCCGGGGGACGAGAUGGAUCAGCUUACGUGCUGCGAUGCCUGAAGAUGUGGUACGAGCUGCCCUCCGACGUCCUGUUCUCGGCCAAGCUGGUGGACCGCUUCCUGGACAGAAUGGCCGUCAAGCCUAAGCACAUGGCUUGCAUGAGCGUGGCCUCGUUCCACCUGGCCAUCAAGCAGCUGGACUUGAAGCCCAUUCCCGCCGAGGAUCUGGUUACAAUAUCUCAGUGUGGUUGUACCGCUGGCGAUCUGGAACGCAUGGCCGGUGUGAUUGCCAACAAGCUGGGCGUCCAGAUGGGACAUGCACCGAUCACCUCCGUGAGCUACCUGCGCAUCUACUACGCCCUCUUCCGCAACCUGGCGAAGGAGAUCGGCGGCGACUUCUUCAAGUUCUACCAGCAGCUGAUCAAGUUGGAGGAGCUGGAGAACCGGCUGGAGAUCCUGAUGUGCGACGUCAAGACCACGGUGAUCACGCCCUCGACGCUGGCGCUGGUGCUCAUCUGCCUGCACCUGGACUUCCACAUCAAGGAGUCGUACACCCGCGGCAGUCCCGAGCUGAAGCACGUCUUUGAGUACAUCCUUUUCCUGCAGCAGUACAUGAGGAUUCCCGAUCGCGUUUUUACCUGCGGCUUCAGCAUCGUGUCGGGCAUUCUGUCCCACUACAACGGGCAGAACAAGGCGCCCUACAAGCAGCGGCUUGUCUGGAAGCUGUCCAGUCGCACGCUGCGCGUCCUGCGCCCGAUCAACCGCUUCUCCUCCGACCUGCCCACCAUUGAGGAAGGCAUCUCCAACGCCCUCGACGAUGGCCUGCGAUCGAGAACCGAGAGUAUUAGCUCGGAGGAGGAGGAGGACUGGCCCACUUCACCCAUAAUUCCAAUUUUCGAACAAUGUUAGUAUCCAGCCGCCAGCCAGCAGCAGUAGAGCAGCAGGGACAACAGCUGGACAACUGGAGCAGCGGACAAAGGAACCAUCAACCAGACGCCCACGCGGCACACACCCCUGCCUUCCGGGGGCCGGCAUCCUCCAGGAGAUCAGGCACCAGACAUAUCCCCAUCGGAAGCAGAAGCAGCGGGAGGAGCAGCACCAGGAGGUGGGGUGUGUGUCCAUGAGAGCGUUCCGCGUGCAAGUGUAGUAGUGCUGGUUGAGGUAGUGUGUAUAUUUUGCUAAAGUGCAUCAUAAUUCUUUUGGCAUAUACACAAACGUGUAUUUGGUAGCGCUGGUUCUAACAUUUAAGAAAACCUAUUGAAAUACGGAAAUGUGGGCGGCAAGGGGACGCAGCCAUGCCCUCCCCCUUUUGAGAAAGUUGCCCGAGAGUAGCGCCCCCCACAAUUUUUUCGAUUUAUUUGCGGCAGACAAAAAAAUACGUGAAAAAAAAACAAAAGCAAAAAAAAAAUAUAAAAAAAUUCAAAAUGAAUGCUGCGGACCAUCAUACAAAAGAUUGAUGCCGUUCCGGAUCAUUAUUCGAGAUCAGUGAGAGAGAGAAUACGAUUUGAGAAUUGCGAACCCACGCCGAAAUCCCGAACAUCUGGAAUGGGACAGCAGUUUUUUGUUGGUUGCGCUUAAAACCGUCAAACAAAAAAAUUUCAAAAAACUACAAAACAAAACCCCUAAAACAAAAAGUAAAUCUUUUUCAACAGACCCCUAAAUUAGUUGUAAACACUAUGUUCUCUAUGUUUGUCCCGCUCUUAUCAGUUAAUGUAAAAGCCCCGAAUCAAUGGACCCAAAAAAACAACCACAAAAAAUCAUAAAAUCUAAAAAAAAGUACAAAAGUUCUUUAUGUAUAGACCGCCCUAAAAGAUAAGCUUAACAAAAACGAGGUCAGAUCAGAUAAACCAGUAAUUUUAGCCGCGCUCAAAAAAAUAUAAAACGAAAACCAUAGAAAAACUAAAGUAUAAUUCGCCGCCUGUAUUGACUAAGAACUCUUAACAAUAAUAAUUAAUUAAACAAAGAUACGAUGAAUCCACGAUAUGUAGUGUGUGUCUAGUAGAUUUUUCUCUGUAAAACAAAAAACACAAUCGAAAACCAAACAAAAGCGAACUCAAUUUCCGCCCUUAAAAAUCAAACGAAAGCAGUCGAAUGCAAUCUUUCAUUAUCAUACGCAGCUAAGUAAAUUUGUUAAUAUUACACAAUUGUUUAUCACUUGAACAGUCAAGCAAUCAAUCAAUCAGCUUCAAAGGCAUUGAGAUUUAGUUCGAGUACCACGGUGAUCCCCUUUUUAUAUUAUACCUCUACAUAUAAUGCGCAAUCUUCUUUUUUGUUACAUAAUAUUAUUUAAAUUAUUAAACAAUUUGUAAAACGAAAUGCAUUCUUAUGUUGUACCAUAUAUACCAUACGAAACUACCAACUAAACCCUAGUUAAGAGCAAAACCAGCGUUGAGACAAGGCCAAAAUUCAAUUCAGAUUGAAGCGCGGCGAACAUUAAGCAGAAAUUAUGAUGCAACAUUUAGCAAGAUGUACCGAGAGGGUCGAGUGAAGAGUUUUAGUAGAGAGCAUAGGCAAAAACUAACGCAGAGCAUAAAAACAAUUGAAAUUUCGCAACUUCAGAAACGUUUCUUCAUACUUUUUUAAACCACUCUUGGCAGCGGAAUGUGCAAACUCUUGUCUGUAAAUUUGAAUAAAAUGCGUUUGCCCGCCACAAGGGCAUUCGGUUUUCAUGAAUAUUUACAACAAA